AUGACAGGCCUGGCACAUUGCGCUUCCACAUACGCGAUUUCACGAGAUCUAUGGGCCGCUGGAAAGCUCUUUGCUGGUGGAUUAUGUGUUCACAUAUGCCUGGUUUCACUGGACCAUCCCUCCGCUUUAAGUUUGUUCAGCAGUAUCUGUCACGGGCAUUGCCGAGCCUCUGCCGGUAAGGUCUCCGUGAUAGGGCUGAUUCAACCAUCAACCUUAAUUGUUCGAGGUUCACCCCUGGCAGGAUUGGUGAAUUCCUCCAGCUCCUGGGAAUCCGAAGGGAACGAUUCACAAGAUUACACCUGGCGAAGAUGCAACCAACCACGUCAUCUGCGCCUACCCUAUCAGCACCUUCUACGACUCGUGUCCGCGCUAUCUCUUCUAUGCCCUCCUUCUAGCCACUUGUGUCACUCGCUGGACUGGCUGGCUCGCAGACGUGUUUCUGGGGCCCGCUAUAUACUCUUCGCUCUAUGGCAUGUCCUCAUGCUCGCGGGGUCCAUCUGUGCCCUGGUUUAUUGGCCGACUCUUCGCGACACCCCUAUUCAAUACACUUUCUGCUACCCGGAUCUUCCACCCAUGGGCACCGUCUCUAGCGAUGGAUGGGAGUCCUGGCAGCGCACCUCAACCUGGAACAACAUACCAUGUUCGACCAGCUACCAGGCACCACGCUCGAGGCGACCACCUGCUGGGGGUCUCUUUACAUUACACGCCUUGGGCUCGUGGUUGAGACUUCUACUUGAUACGGUGAUCCUCUGUGCGUUGGUAUUUAGCAUCAUCGUGAGCCCGUUGACGGUCAUUGCUUUCGUGGUUUGGAUUGAGUAUUAUAUCCACGAGGAUGGUCCGUCACAGGAAACACCACAGCAAGUAGGGCAGUGGUCGCCAUUGGUGUCUAUUGGGUUUUUAUUGAUUUCCGCGGCCAUAUUGAAGCUGAAGUACUGGGUGGCUUCGAGGGAAGAGUUGGAGGAGGAGAUUGGGCAUUUGAGGGGGAAGUUGAAACGGUUGGAAAGGCUUAAAGAAGAGAAAGUGUAUGAGUAG